AUGGCCUUGAGCACCCAAAGAGCUUCUACAUCUCGUACUUCAGCUGAAUGGGCUCCUCCUCGAUGGAAGCAUGAUGUUUUUCUGAGUUUCAGGGGCGAAGACACUCGCAGGGGUUUUAUCUCUCAUUUAGACCGUGCAUUGGCGUACUGGCAAGCAAUGAUAACUUUCAAGGACGAUCGAGAACUUGAAGUAGGAGCAACUAUUUCUCUGGAGCUGUUGACCGCGAUCGAAGAAUCAUAUCUUGCCAUCAUUACACCAAGAGAAUUCUGCCAAUCUUUUAUGACGUGGAUCCUUCCGAUGUGCGAAACCAAAGGGAGGAGUUUUGCGGAAGCUUUCACUAAGCAUGAAGAAAGGUUUAGUGGAGAUGUAGAGAAGCUGAAUCGGUGGAGAGCCGCUUUAAGAAAAGUUGCCAAUCUCACUGGCUUAGAUUCAAAAACUUAUAAGUCAGAAGCAGAGCUUGUCGAUGACAUUGUCAAACAUGUGUGGAAGAAGGUGAAUCCUACAUUCACGUUGUUAGAUUCUCAAGAGAAGUUAGUCGGAAUUGAUUUUGCACUUGAUCAACUACGCUUGCAUUUGGCUCCCGAAGAAAAUGAUGUCCGCUUUAUAGGGAUAUGGGGGAUGGCGGGGGUAGGCAAAACAACCCUUGCUAACCUAGUUUAUGAGAAAAUUUCCCAUCAUUUCGAGCAUUGCUGUUUUCUAUAUAAUGUGAGAAAGAAGAAGCUUUCUGAUCUACAAAGACAACUUCUUUCCCCACUUUUGAAGGGAAAUCAUAUUUGGGAUGAAAGGGAGGGAACCGUUUUCAUUAAUAAAAUUUUAAGGAAUAAAAAGGUUCUUCUUGUACUUGAUGAUGUGGAUCAAUUACACCAACUAGAAGUACUGGCUAGAGAUAAAAAAAAUUUUGGUGUGGGGAGUAGAAUUAUCAUCACAACUAGAGAUAAACGUCUACUUGUUCAGCAUGGUACAACAACCUUUAAGGUCGAGGUCUUAAAGAAUGAUGAAGCUCUUGAGCUCUUUAGUCGACAUGCCUUUAAGAAAGAUCAGCCUGAGGAAGGUUUUCAAGAACUGUCUCAGCAUUUCCUAUAUUAUGCCAACGGCCUUCCAUUAGCUCUUAAAAUUUUAGGGCGUGCGUUGUAUGGAAGAGAACAAGAUGUGUGGAAGAGUGCGUUGUAUAAUCUAAACAAAAUUCCUGAUCCAGAUAUUUUUGAUUCGCUCAAAGUGAGCUAUUAUGGACUCAAAGAUAUGGAGAAGAAAAUUUUUCUGCAUGUUGCGUGUUUCCAUAGAGGGAAGAAUAAAAAGCAAGUUAUUCACAUACUAGACGGGAGCCUUAACAUUUCCAGUCUUAUUGAGAUAGAUAUUCUUGUUGAGAAAUCUCUCUUAACUAUUGAGAAAAUCCACUCUCGGAACAACACUGUUGAGAUGCAUGAUUUGAUACAAGAAAUGGCAUGGAGAAUUGUUCAUGAAGAAUCUCCCGAGCCUGGUAAACGCAGUCUUUUGUGGCAUCACAGUGACAUUUCUCAUGUAUUGAUGAAAAAUACGGGAACGGGAGCAAUUGAAGCCAUAGUCCUAUGUCCGCCCAAAUUAGAAGCAGUGCCCUGGAAUUGUACUGAAGCCUUCAAUGAGAUGCACGGGUUAAGGCUCCUUGACUUUGAUAAUGUGGUGUUUUCUUCGGGCCCUAAAUUUCUUCCAAAUUCCUUAAGAAUUAUCCAAUGGAGGUUGUAUCCUUCCAAAUCGCUCCCAUCAAGUUUUGAACCACAUUUACUUUCUAAACUAGAAAUGAGCUAUAGCAAACUUGUCCGGCUUUGGGAUGGAGCAAAGGAUUUUCCGAAUUUGAAAUAUAUGGAUCUUAGUCACUCUGAUAAAUUGACCAGUAUCCCAGAGUUCACACGCAUUCCAAAUCUUCAGGAAUUGAAACUGUUUGGUUGUGAGAAAUUAGGCGAGGUUCACCCGUCUAUUGCAGUGCACAAAAAGCUGAACGUUUUAGUACUUGAUGAAUGUAAAAGUCUUAAGAGUCUCCCAAGUAAGUUGGAAAUGGAUUCUCUUGAAUACUUUUCUCUUUGGGGCUGCUCAAAAGUGAAAAAGAUUCCAGAAUUUGGGGAACAUAUGCAGAACUUGAAAAUGAUUUAUCUAUGUGAGACUGCUAUCGAGCAAAUACCUUCAUCAAUUGAACAUCUGGUUGGCCUUAAUUGUCUAUAUAUAAGUGAAUGCAAAAGUCUCUUGGGUCUCCCUAGUGCGAUAUGUAAAUUGAAGUCUCUUAGAAUCCUCUAUGGGAACGGAUGCUCAAAAGUUGACAAACUCCCAGGGGAGAUGGAGUGCUUAGAGGAGCUUGAUUUAAGUGGAAGAGCUAUGAGAGAGCCACUUGUUGCUAUGAAAAAUCUCAAAAGUCUAUCCCUUAGUGGAUCAGUUGCUUCAAGGGAUGGCAUUGGGUGGGGCGUUGACCGCAUAUUUGGAAUUAGAAAGAAUCCUGACCCUGAGCGUUGGGGUUUGGUUUUGUCUUCUCUAAAUCGUUUAGGGUCUUUGACGAGAUUAUAUCUGAGAGAUUGUAAUAUUGGUGAAGGAGCCAUUCCAGAUGAUAUCGGCUGCUUGUCUUCUUUAAAAGGGUUGGAUCUUAGUGGAAACAAUUUCGUUAGCCUUCCCUCAAGCAUUAGAUUCCUUUCUGAGCUUCAGACUCUUUCCUUGCAGAGGUGCAAAAGGCUUGAGCAAUUGCCAGAUCUUCCGUCAAGUAAAUACGUAUUCGUGGAUGUGAACGACUGUACUUCCUUAAAAAGGUUGUCAGAUCCAUCAAAGUUGAGCGAAGGAGCCAAUGUGUAUGAUUUUAGGUUUAGUUGUCUUAAUUGCUUCAGAUUGGUUGAAGAAGAAGGCUGGAUUAAUAGAAUAUUUGCAAUGAUAAUGAGAGCGGCCGCUGAGGUAAGGUAUCCUGAUGACCGUAUUGUAUGCCCUGGAAGUGAAAUUCCAGAUUGGUUCGAUAAUCGAAGUGUGGGAGAUUCAAUAAUUGUGGAGCCGCCCCUUCCACCACAAACAUGUAGUGACUGGGUUGGGAUUGCUUUAUGUGUUGUUUUUGAAGAUUCUGAACAUUUGAAACAUCUAGGCUACAAUUAUUUCCAAAUUCGCUGUUCAUGGAAACUGUAUGAUGAUACUUUUACAGUCGGGGAUCUUAGGUCACAACACCUUUUGGUUUUCUAUUUGCCUAAUGAUCCCUAUCUCAGGGAUGCCUCAAACAGUCAUCAGUUAUCAUUUGAAGGGCAUUAUUGGUCAAACGGAUCUGCGAACAAAGAACUGAAAACAAGCUCGAUUACAAAGAAAUAUGGAGCUCGUUUGGUGUACAAGAGAGAUUUGGAAGAAUUCAACCGAAUAUUGAAAAUCCCGAUGCCAGCAGCAGUAUAUGGAUACGAUGACGAGGCAGGGCCAAUUGAUAAUUGA